AUGACUUUGCAGUGGCUUGCAAAUGUGUUUUGGUGGUGUGCACAGGCGACGUACAGGGACAAAAAGAAGCUGGCAGACAAGGAGCGGAAACAGAUCGAGGAGGCUGCCAGGGCCAAGGUGGCAGCGCUGCAGGACGAUGAUAAUGUCUUUGACGUGGCCUACGAGCAGCAGGGUGGCGCGGGAGAGGCCUCUGAUGUGCUCAGCGCAACAGACAUCAAGGUGCACAACCUCACAAUCCGCGCAAAGGGCAAGGUGCUGCUGGAGGGCACCACUCUGACCAUCACAGCAGGACGGCGGUAUGGCCUGGUGGGCCCCAACGGUAUGGGCAAGUCAACACUGCUGCGGAUGAUCGCGCGGCGGCAAGUGCCUGUGCCAGAGACUCUCGAUGUACUCCUUGUAGAGCAGGAAGUGGUGGGCACAGACGAGGCUGCACUGGAAGCUGUGGUGGCGGCUGACGUGGAGCUCAUGGCGCUGAGGGAAGAGGAAGCAGAGAUCCAUUCGCGGCUCAAUGCAGUCAGCUUGGAAGACAACCCUGCUGACGGGGAUGCGCCGCAGGCCAGCACAUCUGCUGCCAACGACGCAGACAACGACCGGCUAGCAGAGAUCUACGAGCGGCUAGCGGAAAUGGGGGCGGACAGCGCAAAGUCGCGCGCGUCCAAGAUCCUGCAUGGACUGGGCUUCACGGAGGCCAUGCAGCGGCGGUCAACAAAUGAGUUCUCGGGAGGUUGGCGCAUGCGCAUCUCCCUCGCGCGCGCAUUGUACAUCCAGCCCACUGUUCUGCUGCUGGACGAGCCCACCAACCACCUGGACCUCAGAGCUGUCCUCUGGCUGGAGGAGUACCUCCAGCGAUGGAAGAAGACACUCAUCGUCGUGUCGCAUGACAGAGACUUCCUGAACACAAUCACCACCGACAUUAUCCACUUGCAUGACCUGAAGCUGCACUACUACAGAGGCAACUUUGCACAGUUUGAGGAGAUGUACGAGCAAAAGCGCAAGGAGGUCAACAAGGCCGCGGAGAAGUUUGAGAAGCAGCUCAAGGCAGCCAAGCGGUCCGGCAGCAAGGCCAACCAGGACAAGGUUGUCAAGAGCGCAAAGCAGACUCAGGCGCGCAAGGCCAAGGCGGCCCCGGCAGGCUACGCUGACGAGGACACCAAGGCAGCAGAGCAGCCCAAGCGCUGGUCCGAUUACACCGUGCACUUUGAGUUCCCAGAGCCCUCAGAGCUGCCCUCCUCCUCGCUGCUGCAGCUGCUGGACGCCGAUUUCAAGUACCCGGGCCGCGACGACUUUGGCCUCCAGAAUUUGAACAUCGGCAUUGACAUGGGCAGCCGCGUCGCCAUUGUCGGACCCAACGGCGCUGGCAAGACCACCCUCAUGAACCUGCUGGCAGGUGACCUGGAGCCGACGGAAGGCGAGGCCAGGAGGAGUCAUGCGCUGCGAGUGGGCCGCUAUGCGCAGCACUUUGUGGACGCGCUCAAGUUUGACACCAACCCUGUCGAGUACCUGCUGAGCAAAUAUCCCAAGGUAAGGGAGGCUACUGGUCAAAAUUUAUAUAUGCGGCAACAACUCGGCCGCUUUGGACUGAGCGGCCACCAUCAUCUACAGCCCAUCUGCAAACUGAGCGGAGGCCAGAAGGCGCGCGUGGUCUUCACAAGCAUCUCGCUCGCAAACCCGCACAUCCUGCUGCUGGACGAGCCCACCAAUCACCUGGACAUGCAGAGCAUUGACGCCCUCUCAGACGCCCUCGAACAGUUUGAGGGAGGCGUGGUGGUGAUCAGCCACGACUCGCAGCUGCUGUCGCGAGUGUGCGAUGAUGCGGAGCGCUCAGAGGUGUGGCUGGUGGAGGACGGCAAGGUGCAGCGCUACGACGGCUACUUUGAGGAGUACAAGGAGGAGCUUGUGAAGGAGAUUAGUGCUGAAAUGGACGAGGACUGA